AUGUCAAACACAGUUAUUUCACUUGUUGACUCUUCGAUCUACAUGCUUCAUGCCGCGAUCCACCAUCCCUAUCGUCUGGCUCUGUAUAUCAUUGUUAUUUACUUUACUCGUCGUAUCCUCAAUCGACUUCUGGUGCCUCCAUCAAUUUCUGUUGCGCCACGUAUUCCCACGUAUCUACCCUUCGGAAUUGACUUUAUUAUCUGGUCCGCAUACUACAACUCAACUAACCAAGACCUUAAGUUAUGGUCAAUGAUCUUCCGUCACUACGGGCGAGGAACGGCACCGUAUACUGCUGAGGUUGUUCUUGGUGGUGAUCGUGUUAUCUUCACCGCAGAUCAUGAGAAUAUCAAAGCUGUCUUGGCCACCAAGUUCUCUGACUAUGGUAAAGGACCAAAGUUUUAUCACGACUGGAAGGAAUUCUUAGGAGAUUCCAUCUUUGCGACCGAUGGCCGACUUUGGCAAGAUGCCCGAGGGUUGAUCAAACCCUUGUUUUUGCGUCAGCGCAUUGAGGACUUGGCUGUCUUUGAGAAGCACACAGUAAAAUUGAUUAGAAUGCUCCAAGGUCCCGAGGGUCAACCUAUUGACGUCGAUGUGAAAGAUCUUUUCUUCCGCUUUACGCUCGACGUAGCCACGGACUUUCUGUUUGGGCAAGCUAUAAACAGCUUGGAUAACCCCAGAGAACAAUUUGCGGUAGCUUUCGCAGAGAUACAAAGGGUGCAGCGUCUCAUCACCGUUUCUGGACCUCUCCAGCCAUUCGUAUCGUUGAAGUCAUAUCAUUCCAGCCUCAAAGCUAUUAACAAGUUCAUGGAAGUUUUUAUUUCUGAGACAGUGUCCCUCGAGCGCGAUGAGCUAGAAAAGCUCACAAAAUCUGAUCGCGGCUACACGUUCCUUAGUGCUCUGGCUUUGUACACACGAGAUGCUAAACAGAUACGGGAUCAACUUGUAGCUGUACUUCUCGCUGGUCGAGACACAACGGCAGCCACUCUUUCAUGGGUGCUACAUGAGCUUUCAGGCCAUCCGGAUAUGGUUCGUCGCCUUCGCCAGGAAAUUGUUGAACAUGUCAAGCCUGGCCAGAAUCCGUCGUUUGCAGAUUUGAAAGCAAUGAAAUAUCUUCAGGCUAUCCUCAAUGAGACCCUUCGCAUGUACCCAGCCAUUCCUUUCAACAUGCGAAUCGCCCUGGACGACACAUCGCUUCCUCGUGGUGGAGGGUCAGAUGGCAAUCAAUUCAUCUCAGUGAAGAAGGAUACAAUCAUUGCAUAUACGCCACUUGUGAUGAUGAGGAGAAACGACCUCUAUCCAGCCACAUAUACCAAUGGAGACAAAUUUCCGGAUGCCAAUACUUUUGAUCCAGAGCGUUGGCUACACCCUUCAGUAUUGCACACUUCUGAGAAGGACGCAUCGGAGAUGAAGGCCAACGGCUUUAACAACAAAGAAUGGUCACCUCGUCCUUGGACCUACAUUCCCUUCAAUGGUGGUCCUAGAAUCUGCCUUGGGCAGCAGUUUGCUCUCACAGAGAUGGGCUAUACGCUUGUGCGCAUCUUUCAACAAUUUGCGCGAGUUGAGCGACGCAUGGAACCGGAUGAGAUGGGUAUCCUGUCAGCGAAUAUUGUUCUCACGCCAAAGAAUGGAGUCAGAGUUGCCUUUUUUAAGGAAGAAGACUAA